AUGACGCUAAUUCAACAAAAAAAAAAUGAUGACAGUGAAUAUGACUUGGUACCACCUGAUGGCGGCUGGGGUUGGUUAGUGCUUUUAGGAUCGUGUUUGACAAAUAUCCUCAUUCCUGACACGUUUAAAAGUUUCGGUGUUCUAUUCGUUGAAUUCACUGAAGUCUUCAAUUCAUCGCCUACAAAGGCUUCAUGGAUACCAGCGUUGUGAUACUUUCUCUACAGUUCAUUAGGUCCUGUGUCAAGUAUCCUUUCCGUUAAAUAUUCAUAUCGAACCGUCACCCUUCUGGGCGGAGCGUCCGCAUCAUUAGGUAUGAUACUCUCAUUCUGGGAAUCAUCGGUACCUGGCUUUAAUGUUAUUUAUGACCCUUUGUUUUUCAGUUACGGCGUGCUUGUAGGAAUUGGUGCUGGUCUUUCCUUCUCACCAACAGUGUAUAUUGUGACUUCAUACUUUACAAACUUACGCGGAUUGGCCAAUGGUCUGUGCAUCUCAGGCAGUACUCUUGGCAGCAUUAGAGACUCAACUAGUCCAGAAACAUCCAGGGCCACUGAUGAAGCUCGAGGCAAGGCUCAAGCACCACAACGCUCCAAGUUUUUUGAUCUGAGCCUGCUAAGGGACCCGAUGUACUUAGAAAUACUUAUCUGUAAUUCGACAACUGCCAUCAGCUACACGAAUUUUAUCAUAUUGCUUCCAAGUUUUGGUGAACCCAAAGGUUUUAACAAAUCAUCAGCGUACCUGCUAUCAGUUGUUUCCGCCAAGGAUCUUAUUGGUCGUAUUGGAGACUCAGCACUUUCUGACAUGGGCUACAUACCAAAGACGUGGUACUUUGUCGGAGGCUUGUCUAUAUCGUGUCUUUCCCUUGCAUUUUUACCAUUUCCAUGGUCUUACGGCUCAGUUUGUUUUGAGGCGGUCAAUGAUUAUAAUCCGCUCUUCCAUGCUUUAGGACUGACAUUGUUGGCUGGGUCCAGCCUUUGGAGCUUUAUGCCCUGAAUAAAUCGCCGAAAGGCUAAACAAGAAAGGAAACUCGAUACUGUGCAGAUCGAUGAAAAGGCUGUCGAUAGCUACUAA